AUGGCUGAUGCAGAUACCCUCAUGAACUUCGACGAUGACCCCAUCGGCGAAUUCCUGAAGUCUCCUGUCUCUAACGACCUUACGGCUGCCCUCGGCGGGACUCCGUUCGAUAACGCAUCCUCGAAUCCUACGCAUGCAUCCGGUGGGACCGAUAACGGCCCUGCCCUUGACAUCAUCGACGGAAACUACCCCCCCGCGCCCGUGUCCGAGACAAGCUCCGUCGCUAUCAUCAACGAGGAUCCCGAGAGCCUCGACCCUUCCUUUAGCCCCGUCGAUGACUUCCUCGCCCUCGGGUUCUUUAUCUUCAUGAAGAAAUCGGCCCGCCAAUUUAUCCUGCGCUCCCCGACGGGUGAUGGUGGCUUCACCCUCGAUACAAUCGCACACACUACCCUUAAUCGAUUCCUCUCUUUCGACGAGAAGAUCCGGUCGCACGCCGUACCUGCCUCCGCCGAACUGCCGGAUGGCUACUACGACUUCGCCACGAAGUUCAACAAUCUCGUACCAAAGACGAAGGCGUGCUUCUCCACUUACAUCCCGGGUGAUGCGAGCGGCACGCGCUACUACAUCCACGGUCCCUCCCCUCGCGCCAUCUUUUUCACUCCGGAGAUUCGCGCCGCCUUCAGUCAGCGACGCCGCGACCAGCUACGCCCGGGCCGCGCCCGCCCACACGCGCAAUCCCACUCCGGCACACCAGACUCUAGCGCCCGUACCGCUCGCAAGAACCGCCCCAUGCGCAACGGUUAUGUGGGCAUCGACAGACGCGGCCGGAACGCGCCACCAAUGUCUGACGCACAGCUGCGCGAACGUAUACUGCUGGAAGCAGUCCGGGAAUCUAUGAACGAACGAGCCGGUUCCCGCUUCUAA